AUGCGCAGGUGCCGGCGGCUGGAGGUGCUGGCGGCGCCGCAGUGCAUCUCGUUGCAGGCGCUGUUCGAGGACGCCUGGGACCUGCCGGCCCUCAGGGAGCUCAACCUCUUUGGCUGCCGCCACCUCAACGGCGUCCACCUGGGGGCCGUCCUGGCCGGCUGCCCUGAGCUCGUCUCCCUCAACGUCAACGGCUGCUGGGGCAUCGGCGCGCUGCACCUCGCACGUGAGCGCACGGCGGGCCGCGCGGGCGCGCCCCCAGCGGGCGCGGGCUGA